AUGAGAGUUUUUUAUCUCCUUUUAUCUUGUUCUUUAUCAUUUUCAAUCGAUAACUGCCCAGAAGCGGAUCUUUAUGAAGAAUGCGAAGCAAAAUGCAGGCUUGAUUAUAACAAAUGUCGGCUUCUCUGUGAGACCGAUUUCUGCCUCUCCCUCUGCGUCCAAAGCAAAGACGAGUGCAUGAAAUCCUGUCCCUGUGGCGAAUAUUGCCCGUUUGGUUGUUAUGGCUGUCAGAAUGAAAUUUGCCCGAGAACAACUUCUGCCCAAAUAUCAACGACAAUAAUCACCACAACAACUGCUUUAGAAACGACAAGAGAAGCUCGAGUCUGGUUUGAACGAACAGAGGAAGAUCCCGCUUUGACCAUGGAAGGAGCCGAAAAUUUCUGCCAAGACCGAGGCGGUCAUUUGCUAUUCUUCCGAACCCAGGAAGAAUACGAACUGUACCUGGCUGAAUUCCCAGUACGACUUGAGCACUUCGGCUAUCGCCAAGUCACCUGGAAAUCAGCCUCCGACUAUUUUUACCGAAACACAGACGGGUCAAAUGCGACUUUUCAUCAGUUCGGCCCGGGUCACCCGAGUACCUACGCGGCUCCAUGCAUUUAUAACUACUGGUAUUUAUCUACAGGCGACUGGGCAGCCGAUUAUUGUUAUACUUCGAGACAAUUUACUUGUCGAUUCGAAGAGAAUUUCGACUCGGGAGUCGGACCAACAAUAAGGCCGAAGAAUGUCACUUUUAUUCAACAGGAAGAGAAAUCAACGAUGGAAUUAGCGGAGUACAAGUGCAAUCAACAAGGAGGGCAUUUGGCUUUUUUCGAGAAUGAAGAAGAGUGGAAAGAAUUCACGAGGCUGCCGAUGAGAUAUGUUGAAUACAUAGGUGUCCGAGAAGGCUCAAAUAGAGUUCAGUACUCUACCGUUACUGGCAAUCGAGAUCCAUUUUUGAAAUGGUAUGGAAAAGAACCCAACGACGGUCGCGAUCCUUGUGUUAUCAUCAAUUACGGAGCUCCUGGAUACUUUGCUGAUGCCAAAUGCUACGGCCAAUAUUUUUAUUCUUGUAGAUUCGAAAAUUAA